AUCCUGGGGGGGGGGAAGUUUCCCAUCUUGGGCGCGCUAAUGUGUGAUGUUGUUUGUUUACCUGAGGAGUGGCGGCAAGUGCGACCGGCUCUCAACACCUCUUAGAGUGGGACUCCUGGCCACGAAUCUCGACUAGACAGCAUAGACUGAGAGGAAACGUAUCAUAAUGAAUGAACUGCUUCCACCAGAAGAAUUUCCAUUCCCCUUUCCUCCCUAUGAUAUUCAGAAGGAUUUCAUGACGCACUUAUUCUCAGUACUGGAGAAGGAACAGCUUGGAAUAUUUGAGAGUCCUACAGGGACAGGAAAGUCACUGAGCUUGAUAUGUGGUGCACUGACAUGGCUGAAAGAGCACACUCUACAUUAUAAGGCUGAACUGAUGAGGAAGGUUAAAGAAAGUGAAAAUGUAAACGAUGAUGAUGGCCCUGACUGGUUCAUGGCAGCCACAAAGAGGCGUGAGGAACAAGAGGAGGCGAGGAAAUAUCGACAGACACUCGAGUUGCUGGAGAAACAGGAAAAGAAAGUGCAGGCCCUGAAGGAGCGACGGCAGGUUAUCAAAAGGUCAAAGGUGCAGAAAGUUGAUGAUGAAUUUGAAGAAUUGUUCCGUGAUCUGCACGAAGUUCAGGAAAAUGUUCGACGAGAAUUGAGCUCCAUUAGUGGUGAAGAUAUGAUGUCACCCGAGGAGACUUCUUUGUUACUGGAUGACUACAACAGUGAUAAUGAGACAGAAAAUGACAGAUAUGAAAAUGCAGAUGAAGAUGAUGGCAGUUGUUUAAAAAUUUAUUUCUGCAGUCGCACGCACUCUCAAUUGUCACAAUUUGUGCGUGAGGUGCAGAAGACGGUGUUUGGUGAAGAUGCCAGAGUGGUGUCUCUGGCAUCUCGGCAAAACCUGUGCAUUAAUGAAGCAGUCGGCAAACUUGGUAACAUGUCCCUCAUUAAUGACAAAUGCCUAGAUCUGCAGCGUGGCAAGAAAGGUCAAGCCACCAAGUGUGAGGUGGAUGGUACCACUAGCAAGAAGAAGAAGCGUUCAUCCGGUUGCCCAUAUUUCCGACAGAGCGGUCUAGAAGGCUUUGCUGAUCAGUUACUCCUAGAAGUUCAAGAUAUAGAGCAGAUGGUUGGCCUUGGAAGAAAGACCAAAAGUUGUCCAUACUAUGGAGCAAGAUAUGCAAUCAAUGAUGCUCAGCUGGUUGUGCUCCCAUACAACACACUUCUCCACAAAGGCACAAGAGAAGCUAGUGGCAUAAAAUUGAAAGGAAAUGUUGUCAUUGUUGAUGAGGCUCACAAUCUCUUGGAAACAAUUUCCAAUAUACAUUCAGUGUUUGUCAGCCAUGGGCAGUUGCGGGGAGCUCAUACACAGCUGAGCCAGUACAUGCAGCGUUACAGCAAGAAGUUGUCUCCAAGAAACUUGUUGUAUAUCAAACAGAUACUCUUUUUUAUGAAUGCUUUAAUGAAACUGCUAGUCGGAGGUUCUAAAGUUUGUACUGGCUUGGCCACGGGUGAUGUGAGAAAUGCUGCUACCAAUGCAGGUAGCAAUAUCCCCACAUCGCAGAUGCUCACCGUGUCAAAGUUUUUAUGUGAUACCCUGACGGACAACCUUAAUAUUUUCAAACUCUUGCAAUACAUCGAAAAGAGCAAAAUUGCUCAUAAGCUGCAUUCCUUCAGUCAACACUUCGAGGGAUCAGUGAAGGUUCAGCAGACCCAAAAGUCUCCUCUGUCAUCUCCUACAUCUUCAACUUCUACUUUUCUAGCCAAGAUGAGUGUCCAGAAGUCCCUACAGACUAAAUCCAAAGAAAAUGCCCAGCCAGCUGCCCUUGAGGUGAACAAGGUUGAAGCUGCAACAGAAGAGGAGGAAAUUGUGAUGGGCUCUCCUUUGAUGCAGAUAACUGAAUUUCUACGAGCUCUUUUACACUCCACUGAGGAUGGUCGUGUUAUCGUAACGGUUGGUCCUAGUCCACAAAAAUCAUCUAUCAAAUAUCUGGUUCUUAACCCUGCUUCCCAUUUCCAUGAUGUUGUUAAACAGUGCAGGUCGAUAAUUGUUGCCGGGGGAACCAUGCGACCUGUGAGUGAGUUCAGAGAUCAGCUCUUCCUCUCGGCCGGUGCAGACAUUAGCCGAGUGCACGAAUUUUCCUGCGGUCAUGUUGUGCCGGGAGAACAGAUCAUGCCUAUUGUUCUCAGUCAAGGCCCUACAAAUGUUACCUUGGACUUCACUUACCAGCAUAGAGGAGACACCAAGGUGCUGGAUGAAUUGGGCCGAGUGCUGGUAAAUACUUGUACAGUAGUGCCAGGAGGAAUUGUCUGUUUUCUUCCUUCUUAUGACUACGAGCAGCGUGUGUUCUCUCACUUCACUGCCUCUGGUGUCAUAACCAGACUAGAAGCAAAGAAGAAGGUUUUUCGUGAACCCAAAAAAUCAAGUCAGUUAGAUAGCGUGCUAAAUGGGUAUGCGAAGACUGUACGAUUAACAGCAUCAAGUACAACAGGCGUUACUGGCUCCCUGCUCUUCAGUGUUGUUGGUGGGAAGAUGAGUGAAGGCAUCAACUUCAGCGAUGGCUUGGGCAGGUGUGUGGUGAUGGUCGGGCUGCCUUACCCAAGCACUCAGUCGCCAGAACUUAAGGAAAAGAUGCUUUUUCUCAAUAAACAUGUGUCUGCAGGACCUGAUGGAAAAUCUGCAGGCUCCAUCUUCUAUGAAAACCUCUGCUUUAAGGCAGUGAAUCAAUCCAUAGGCCGGGCUAUCCGCCACAGGAAUGACUAUGCCAGCAUCCUCUUGUUAGAUCAUCGGUACUGUCGCCCGUCCUCUAUACAGGCUCUGCCAGAAUGGAUAUCAAAACAUGUACAACAGUGUACCAAAUUUGCACAAGCAUUUGGUUUAUUAAGAAAGUUUUUUGCAGAUAAGAAAACACAAGCAGCUGCUUAAGAGAAUAAAAGUCUGUAAAGCUGACCAAAGGAAAUGUGCAAUUCUCACCAAUUUAGCUGAAAAGUCCUGUAAAUAAAUACAAAUAUUUGUA